GUACUUUAAAAAUAAAAUAAUACUUCGGUCUACCAGCGACCCCGCCUAACCCAGUCUCCACUCGCCACUGCUCACCCGCCGCCUUCGAUCUCGCCGCCAUCCAUCCGUCCCGGCCGCGCGCCUGCGCAACUCACCAGCGUCUCCUCCGUGACAAAGUGUGACGCCUGCCUUCAGUGAUGCCACGGAAGUUGCGUGUCGCCGCAUCCAGCCAUGGCGUGCUGCCUGACGACAUGCUACUUCAAAUCCUUGUGCACCUCCCGGCAAAGACGCUAUGCCUCUUCCGAGCGGUCAGCCGAUCCUGGAGGUCCCUCCUCUCAGAUCCGCCCUUUGUUGCAGAGCACAAGUCCCACCACCCUGGGCCAGUAAUUGUAACAUGUACAGGUGAUUUUUAUGACAGAAGCACCAUUGAGAUUCUGGACUUGUCUGGCAAUGUCGUUAAGCGGAUAGCCACUAGCAUGAGGGAUCCCAGGUUGGUGCGCACAUGCCGCCUGGACCUUAUUUGCGUCACCGGAAGUAACCAUUGUACGGCCAGCCAUGUGAUCAACCCUGCCACAGGGGAUAUGUUUGCAUUGCCCUAUACCCGUGCAAAGGAGCAUGCACAUGUCAAAGAUUUCUUCCCAAAAUGAUUUGACUUUGGACAGGUUGGCUCCACGGGAGAGUACAAGGCUAUACGCUGUGUGAGCAUCGAUAAUUCUUGCAGCGAGUCUAGCCAGAUGCUCUGUGAAGUCAUCACCCUUGAUGACGGCUGCCAUGCAAUAUGGAGGGGCAAACAGGGCCCUCCGGCCCCUAUCACAAGUGACCGUGACAAGAGUGUCACUGUCAAAGGAGUUGUUUAUUUCUUGUUGGAAUUUCGACGUCCCACAUUUUCUGGGGACCAUGUCGAACCGGGUAGCAUGGCUUUGUUCAACCUUGAGACAGAGGAGUGGAUGGGGAUUGUCAAAGGUCCAAUGUCAGUGCGCAGCUUUGUUGAGGAUAGCAAUGCCAGGUUCAGUUACUUUAGUCUUGCCAUGGAGCUAUCACUUGUAUGUUUGGAUGGGUUCUUAGUUAUGGCACACGAUCCUGAAUGUGGCCCUUGGGACUUAUGGUUUUUGAUGGAUAUUGAGAAAUGUCUCUGGAAUAAAAGGUACAGUAUAGAUCACCAAUCUGAAAAUCUCUUUGCUCAACCAGUGGACAUUCUAAAUGAUGGGAGGAUAGUCAUCUCUACAUCAGGAUUGCUAAGAUUCUAUAAUCCAGUUACCAAGACUUACACUGAUUGUGGGAUGAGGAAAUCCACAUCUGUUGGCACUUACACUGGAAGUCUAUUGUCUUCAGAGAGCACGUUCACUUCUAAGGCUGAACGUUGCACUACCUGCGGCUGCUAUUUCACCCUCGAAGAGGAUGAAUAUUAUGUCACUUGUAAAGAUUGUAUGUUGUAUGCAUGGCCACGUUGAACUUCCCCGGGCAUCUUUUCACCAUGACCCAUAUUGGCUCUAGGUGUGUAUGCAGCGCACACCGUUCUUGCAUUUGGAAGGGUGCGGCGAACUGGGCAUCCAUUAGGCUUUUACCAACUGCUGAUAGACAAUUUCAAGUAUGAUCCAACAAAUUUAGUUCUCAAAUUGCCUGCCUAGUUGGGUUUUGAAGAAGGUUGUUGCGAGUCUUUUCUUGAUGGAGCUUGUUUUGGAACAUAUAUUUAUGUUCGGUACAGAAGAAAAUAUGCUUUAUCUUGUGA